AUUUAAAUCUCUAGCUAAGACAUCCCACGAGUUCGUUUUAUAAGACAGCAUCGAACAAUGUACCACAAUAAUUGUAUGAUAGAAUUUAUUUUCAUGUGACUACUGAAUCCAUUUAAAAGUGUCUUAUGAUGUAAUUUUGUGAAGUUAAUUGAACGAGUAUUACUUGAAAAUUCCCAUUUAUCCAAUUCGAUGCAAAUGUUUAUAAGAACUUUUGCACUUUAUCGCCCACUUAUUUGGAGACUGGCUGGAAGUGAAAUUAGUGGGAUUGUGACACAUACAUUACAUGCUGUUUGACGCAAUGGGUGACGAAGUAUUGAUAUGGUUUUGCGUUAUUGUGACUACAAGACCUAACCUAAAUCUUCCUCUUUGAAUUUUCAAGACUGCUGUCACCGCAUCUGUACAUACCUUGUGCUUCAUUACAUACACUGAUGUGUCGGAAUGAUAGCACUUCAACAGCGUGCAGGGAAAAAUGGACUAGUCUGAGGUGUAUUUAUAGACGAAUUGUAAAUCAACAAGCAAACUCAAAUAAGAAGAAAAAGAUCAAGUGGCCUUGGGCUAACAUGAUGACCUUUCUGAUACCACACAUAAAAACAAUACAACCACGAUAUGGACCUGAUGUAGACAUUGAUGAUGCUGAUAGUGUCAUAACAAUCACUGAUCACAAAGCAUAUGGAACACAUGAUAACCAUUUAAUGACAUUAAGUAACUAUUCUGAAGAUUAUGAAUUGGAAGAAGGUGUUAUUAAUCCUGAAGAUGGGGUAGCAGAGUACCUGUAUGAUGAGAGUGGUGCUGAAUCUGAACCAGUGGAAGAUCACAGAAUGAAGAACCCAAGUGUGAAACGUAUAAAGCUGGAGGAUCCGGUGCAUUUAUCACAGCUUAACACAAGGCAUAAGAAAGAUAUAAAAUCAGAGAGAACAAACGGUCACUCAAAUUGUAGAACUGAAAAUGUAGAUGAAUUUUUAAAACUGAUCCAGUCUUCACAUAAAAUGCCCAGUACACCAGCAGUACAACCAUAUGAUCAGUUAAUAGGUGUAGAUCCUGAUGAGAUGUUCUUCAGAAGUAUUGUCCCAGAUGUCAAGUUAUUGAACCAAAGAGACAAGGGUGCAUUCAAGCUCAGAGUGCAGCAGAUGUUAUAUGAUAUGUUGUACCCAUCCAGAGAAGAUGAACAAGACACAGUUACACAGAAUAACCCUUAACCCUUUGAAGACUUCUUAAAAUGGCACCUUGCCUUUCCUUGCAUGUAGGUCUAAAUGUCAGCGAGUCCCACCUUUUUCAGUACAAUUGCACAAUUGCAGAAGAUACUAUAAUUUUAGAUCUUCUGUCAGAAUAAAAUGCAUCUUGAUAUCAGGACAAAAUAGUUUAGGCAUAAACUUCAAAGUGUCUCUGAGAUGCGGUGUUGCUGUUUAGAAGAGCAGCUGACUACAUCUUGGAAAUGAUAGUCAGUUACUGUUGACUGUCAGUUAAAUAUACAGCAAAUAUACAUGGUAUUACAAAGUAUACAACCUACAACACAUAUUUUGAAUAUAUCGUAUUUAUUGUAUAAAAGUUGUAUUUAUUAUCUGUGGAAACAGUAACUAAAAUAACGUUUUUAGUGUCACAGAUGCUUGAAAUGAGAUCAGUUAAUUCUGAGUACAUUAUCCAAUUGAUAUAAUAAAUUAUUGUGUCAUUGAAUGUUCCGGUCUAGAAAACCAAAAUUAACGGUUGUGGGGAUUUGUUGUA